AUGGGACCAUUCAUCAAGCCAAAGAUGGAUUUACUUCCCGUUCAGCUCGCUGGCACAAGUUCCUUCGCAGAUGCCUGAGCUGAUGGCCUUUUUGCAAUGGCGAAAAUCGUUGACAGCCGAGGCACAAUUCGCAUCAGAAUGGAGCCCAAUCUGCCAUCCACUCCUCUGGCUGACAAUUGCCCGGAAACCAACUCAAACGCGCGCUCUGGGCCAUCACAGUCGUCCUCGUCACGUGCACGCACUUCCAAAAUCCGUCAGCAAUCCAGCUUCGAUCUCAAUGAAUACGAAAACCAGAUGUCCCAGCUCUUACAACACCUAAAUCAGACAAUUCUGCGACUUUUCUACGACUUGGAUUUGGACGUCAACUUGGGCGCCAUCGUAUGGGGUGCAUUGCCUGAUGCUACAGAGAGGCUGAUGCAGCUUUGUCUGGGCAGGCAACACAAUGAAAUCACUCGUCAGCUCCGAGAAGCUCACCUACUUACUGCGUACGAUCAAUUGCGCGCUCUGGUCGCAGCAUUCGUGAUGCAUUCUAUCUUCAACGUGGACCUGCUAUCGCAACCCCGCUUUACGCAAUGCCUGAUCCUAAGCCUACCUGCGGAAUUCAAUACUUUGUCUUUACUUUGCAGUAUGUUCUCACGGAAUGCACACGAGCGCGAAGCUACUCGCGAGCAUGCUCGACUGCUCAUCACAAAUGCGCUGAGCAACGACAUCAACGACGCACGGUCGGGCACCAUUACGGCACACAUCACAGGAUUACACGAGGCAUUGACAACCACACUUGAGCCAUGCUUGCAGCGACUGGUCACGAUUGCAGAAACUAUGAAUGGCAACACCAACCGGAGUUCUGGCAAGCCGUGGUCGUCGCACUUGAGCAACUCUUUGCAUCAAUUUUUGGUCGAUGCUGUGGGACUGAAAGUGGCUUUGACAGUAGCGGAUCACUCAUUUCACUGGGCUGAUUACCGCUCUCCCGUGGACCUGACAUCAAUGGCUUCGAAACACUUCCUCGCAUAUCCGGGAAAGCACCAAGUCGCGCUGACAGUCUUUCCUGGUCUCAGCGUUAGACUUUCGCAUGGGGAGAAUAGCGGCGAUGCUGUGAAACAGAAGGUUGUCACUACCACUCAGAUCAUCAGCUGUCAUGAAGCCGAUUGACCUGCAUUCCGCAAAGCUGGAGAGGAUCUCGAAACUGCACAAUGCAAACCGCGAUUUCUCACUGUGUACUUCUUCGCUGUCUCGAAAAUUUAGAUACUCCGUUCGGCAUUUGGUGCCGGCAAUAUCAGCGAUGCAACGCUCCUGUCGGUGGGGCCAGGCUGAAUCUGCAGCACGGGAACUUGCAUUUGACUAGGUCUAAGCGUGUGGAGCGAUGGAAGCACAUAUCCGCGACUAGCAUGCUUGCGUCUUGCAUUCCAACCCUACUCCCGCACAUCUGUUGCAACUCUCUUUAUCCGGACAAUCGUGCGGUCCAAUCACAAUUGCCUACAAUCUUGACUGGUGGAUUGUGGGUCUCAGUGCA